GCCCCACCAGACAGUGACGUCACCCCUCAGCUAGACGGACUGUAGGAAGCUUCAGAGCCGUUGUUGACAUUUUGUUUUGGUCGAAUUUGUCGGGGUUUGUUGGACCUAACAUCGAAAUUAUCCGCUGAUUUAGAAGCCCACCUGUCGACUCUAUCAUCACGCCUCAGUGCGGGGAUCCAGCAAACAUGAAAUGGAUGUUUAAAGAGGACCAUUCCCUCGGUAAAGGGGCUAGGACUGUUAUGAAACAUGAGAUGUUGUCAUGUCAUGCACCCUCUUCUCUGCUCUGCUCUCUCCGCGUCGAUCUUUGCCAUAUCAUUUCCAUAGGUGCAGACAUGCAUGCUUUUUUUUACACCCAUCGUACCCCACUCAUUUUAAAGAGGGGUAGUUAACGCUGUGUGGCUUUAGACUCAUGCUAACAUGUUCCUCCUGAAUGUGAAAUGACUGCAGGCAGAAUCACCGUGGUAACCUUUGACAUUGCUGAUACAUGGUUAGUGUUUCUUCCUGACUCAGGGGAUUUAUAAGGAGGCAUUUCAUUGAAGGCUGCUCUUAUUGUACACAGCCUGUCUUAAAUUUAACUCCUUAUCAAAAAAGGUAAAAAAUGCCAGAGACGUGUCAUAUCUUGGUUAAGUGAAGUGGUGACCUGGGCUCAAAUACCUUCUUGAUAGCGUAUCUUACUUUUUUUCUUCUUUCUUUCUUUUUUUUUUCUCCACAUAGUUUUAUACCCUGAGGUUUAGACCCCCUGUCUAGGCUGUAGUUAUGUGUCACUGAGACAGGGGCAGAUUCAAUAGGGGGUAACAGUCUGGGCCCUCCUUGCAACCACUUGGCCACCCCAAAUCCUUUCAUUUGCUUUUUUACUUUGUCAACAAGAAGUCUUGCUGGGUUGAAACUAGCUUCUUAGUUGCUGUCUUUGCAUCUCAAUAUAGUGCAUUGACUUGGUUUAAUACAUUGAAUGAUGACAUACAUAAGCUAAACUGCAUUUUGAGGUUAAAACUUUUAUUUGUGUCUGCAUUGUUAUAUUAUGAUGUACUUAAAGUUAAAGAAAAAGAAUCACAGGGGAAUGUCUCAUCUCAUAUUAUUACAUCUCAUAGCAGAUGUCUUAAUUUUAGAUGUUGUUCUCUCAAAAACAUCAUUAUUACUCAGUUUUGGUUGUUUCUUUACACUUUACAGCCGAAACUCAAACUUUAACGAUAAGAUACUACACAAUACCAUAUGAUGUAACACAGUUUCGUAUGAUAAUAUGAUAUACUUUGUUUUGAAACUAUGCCCCAGAUUAUAAUCCUUUAUAAUCCUACUCUCUAUGUUGUUGUGUAAACUAAUGAUACAGGGAUCCUGUAAAAACUGAGAAAUCUCAACCCCAUUUUCACGUGUCAUGCUCUGGGUCAUAUUUUCUUGCUGCUCUGCUAAAGAGCUCUGUUAUGUGCUUGCCUGCCAUGUUCUUCAGUGGUGUUUUAACUACAUUUAACAAGUUAAACCUCUAACCACUGUCCAGGCAUUCACACUCCAGGGUCUCCGGUUAUUUUUUGUGGAUCAGCAUACAGCUGGAUCCUUUUCACAAUGUUGCCAUGGAAAUGCAGUUAACUUUUUAAAUGUACAGGCAAAGACUCUUUUCCUUAAAUGAGGCUGUUCUGGUCUAAACGGGACAUUGGUAGACAGUUAACAUUAGUGGAAAUCAGAGGGUUGAUAAAUGCAAUCCAUUUGUGUGUAUUCACAAAGACUCAAAUCUACCUAAAUGCAUGUCAGUGACCCAGUUACACCACCCCCAUCAAAGAGCGUUAAAGAGUCUGGAUCUGCCUCUGCAGCAGGAAUUUCAAACAAAACAAAUAGUAGAAGCAGAACAUUUGACUUUAAGUAGCUGCGAGCUUAGACUGUCAAUUCACUGACAUGAACAGUGAUAUUUUUGUUAUUUGCAUUUAUUAUUGUUUAAGGUGUUUGGAGAGAGUUCCAAAAGUGCUGAGGUGGAGCUGAGCAACCGACAUGUCUUUCACUUAGCUCCUUAUUUUCUGCAGCUUCUGGAUUCAUCCUCUCUCCAGAUAACCUCAAGACUCUUUUUUAACGCUGCUUGUAGAGGUGUUUCCAAAAGUAGGCCUCUUAUCUGGGCUAAUGAAAGCUUGUGACAUGCUGAACCUCAAUGGAUCCACUACAUUUUAUCACCCGUCACCCCACCCUUCCCUUCUCUGGCCUCUGCUCAGUGUCUGCUUGCCGCAUCUGGUCCUGCUCUCUAAGUAUACUGCAGAAUGAUGCACUUUAACAACCCAGAGUUUAAUAGUAAAGACUGUUGAACCGGUUUGAUCAUUAGUUUACAUCCCCCACAAAAAUGUCUGAGGAUGAUCCCACUUUUACUUGACAAAGUAUACAUGGAGCAUCACUGUGUUUUCCAGGCCUGUAUCAGUCUCUCUGCUGUUGUCGAUCCUGCAUAUGGAUCACUAUGUCAGACAAGGCUUUCCUGCAUUUGGCAGUAAGACACAAGAGGCGACUAAGAGGCUUCAAUCAACCCUUUAAUCUCUAACUUCCUGUUUGUUUCUUGUGUCGUCCUCAGAGCACCGAUGUGUGGAGUCAGCCAAAAUACGAAACAAGUAUCCUGACAGAGUACCGGUGAGUAAGGGGGGUGGUGUUUUCAGUAAUGGAGUGGAGUCUGAACAGGCUGGGGUAGAGGGACAGAAAGGGAUAAUGAGUGAGUGACUGUCCACACAUCACUGUGAAUGGCAGUGGUGUGUGUGAAAGAGGAGAAAAAUGAGUGUGAGACUGUCUUAAAAUUUCUUAAAAUCCAUGUACUGUCUGAAAAAAAAACUGGGUCAAUCAACACAAUAAUAAUAGACACAAUUUGAAACACCAAGAGACUUUAUGGACAAUUUAGAUGUUUUUUUCUACAUUUUCGACGUUAAAUUUGCCUUCUUGACCUAUUUUUAAUCACCUGUAUCUCUUGACCACCUCAAACUCAAAGCUAUAGAGGUACGUUUUAGCCAGAUGAAUCCAAAUAUACCCACUGAUCCCUUUGCUAUCGAGUAACUACAAAGUAAAGUGUAUUCCACAAUGACAGGAAUAUGUCUUUUUCACAGUUGUUUAACAAGACAAAAAUGAUUUGUGAAGAUAACAUAAGUGUUUAUACAACUGUUUGCAGAAUCUAUUAGUCACAAAUGAAGAGCGACAUAUUAGAUACAUGCAGCUAUAUGACCAUGGGUGCUAACUGUAUAGUCACUUGGUAAUAAUAUGUGGUUGAUAAUUUGCAAACAUAAACAAAACCACCCCCAUUCUUCAACACCUCUGAAAAGUGCGAGGACAGCUUUGCAUGCCAGCAGGAAGCUUUUUCGAGUAGCACUCCCGGAGACUGACACCUCAGGUCAGGGUGCAUACAGAGAGGGAUGUAGGGUGUUAAACAGCCUGCUACUAGGAAAUGCUACCCUAAACCUUUUGUGUGCCAGGUAAACCGAAUCCCUUUUAUCUAGUUUCUGCAUCCCCCACCUGUUUAAGGGAAGACUGCUGGGAGGAAAAGGAAACAUUGUCAGUUCAGACAAUUCAGAGUCUUAAUUAUCUAAGGUCACUGUAUUGUUAUACCUCAUGUAAGACAAUAGAUCCACUCUGUCUAUGGGGUCAUAAACAAAAGCAGCAAGGUAAGAACUGUGCAGGUGAUCAAAUGACCUGUCAAAAUGUGAAGGAUUGGUAGUGAUGAACCCAUAGACAAUUGUCCCUGACAUAUAUUGUUUCCACACCUUACGGUGCAGUGUGAAGUUUUUAGCUGCAUUUAGUUGAACAGACUUGGUUAAAAAAAAGAAUAUUUAUGGAUUUAAAGAUAAGUGUGAUUAGUGUAUGAUCACACGCGUGUAAAAAGCCUUUUGUUAACUUAAAUUUAACCUUUUUUUGUAUACAUGGUUCCCUCUAUUGGAGGUCACCAUUUUGCCCCUCCAUAUCUCCUCUUCUCAAACUCUGUUUCGACAAACUAGUAACAUACACGUUUUUUUAUCUUGUAAGUUUCCAUGUUUACUGAUUUGAAGACAUGGAAGAGAAGAGUGGCUGUGUUGCACAACAGAAUAUGUGUGGAAAGAUGUUUUUGACAGUGAAAAUUUGUCAAAUGGAGGAUCAUACCUCUGAUCCAUCGCAGGAGCUUCUUGACCUUGACAGCCAUUGUCACUUCAUCUAUGGGAGCGGUGAGCAGAGGAGGUUUUGAUACUUUCCAUUUCUGCCCAUUUUAUCUUUAAAGGCAACCACAGGUCAUUCUUACUAUUUUGUAUUUCAUUUUUGUCAGUGGAAGUGUCUUGUAGCACUUCUAUUUUUUAAGUAUUUUUUUAAACAAUCUGAAUUUGUUGCUCAAGAUAAAAUUUUUUAGAUGUUACCAAAACUAUAUGAUAAUGUGUAGCAGAGGCUGAAGGUCUUGUAUCAUUUUUUAAGCUUGCAAAGUUGCAUGUCAUUAUAUCAGUUAACAUGGCUUUAAGAUCCUAGUCUAAGACAGAUGGCAUUUGUUUUUAUGAUUUAUUUAUUGAUAAAAGUUUUAAGUAUACAAAUUGUAACAUUAGUCUAGCAACACAGUGAAGUCUAAUUUAACAGAAACAUGGUAGGAAAUACAGAACAAAGGUGAUUUAUAGUGUCUUCCACCUCAACAAUAAGGACAUGAAGGCUUGGACAGAAACAACAAGAGAGGGGAUAAGCAAGUAGAAGGUAUUUGAUUAUUCAGCACAGAGCACUGAGGGCCUGAGCAGGGUCAGACAGAAGGGAGCCAGGAGCCAAAUCUAACAAGAUAACACUCACUGCUGUAAAAGUAAAAGUGAAAGUGAAAGUCCUCUGCCUGGAUGAAGGUUAAAGAGGCCUCUUGUGAUGGAACUGCACUGCAUAUGGAUUAAGCUCAUGAUAACAGAAUAUUAUCUGGAUGCAUUCAAGUGUCUUUCGCUUCAUUGCUUUGUUUUAUAGCCUGGAACUGAACUUUGUGUUUCAGUCUCAGCGCUCUCAUCAGAUCUGUACUUUACACACAGUGGCAGCUAUAUUUCUAGCUAAAAUGUGUGAGUAAGCCCACCUGCCUGCUACUGAAGAGCUGCAGUUGGUGAACAUGAGCAGCUAAUAUUACUCUCAAAGCCUACCAGGAACUAAAAUAUUAAAGUAGAAUAAAUAUACCUCCAUGUUUGGGGUGGUUUUGAAGUCUUGAGGACACUACCAUUCACAAAACUGUGGACAUGCUCAAUCAUUGUAUGUUAUAAAUCUGUUUUCCUGUUGUUGUAUGUGCUCCAGGUGAUAGUGGAGAAGGUCUCCGGCUCUCAGAUAGUGGACAUCGACAAGAGAAAGUACUUGGUGCCCUCUGACAUCACAGUGGCCCAGUUCAUGUGGAUCAUCAGGAAACGCAUCCAGCUGCCUUCAGAGAAAGCCAUUUUCCUCUUUGUGGACAAAACCGUCCCCCAGUCCAGGUAAGAGCAAAACACACAUAUGACUCAGUCUGCAGACUGCAAUGUGUGCAUUUGUAAAACAGAACUGCUAAAGGUGGGUGUUGGGUCUGUUAUUAAAAGCCAUAGUCUGAUUUUCUUCUCGCGUGUAUACGAUGUAAAGUGUUUUUAUGUGUCCAUCAGUAUUACUAGAGAGCAGAAAUGUAUGACUUGUUGUGCUGGUAACCUGUCACUCUGUGAAAGACGAGGGAGCCCCUCCUUAGCUCUCAGUUUUCGCCGUUUAGAAAACCCUAUUUUCUGUCUAAACACACAGCUUUUGACAUGCUAAUGUGGAGCAUACAUGUCGUUUAUCGCAGGAAUCUGACCUGCUUCCCAGAGCUUUGUAUCCUGUUGUGCCUCUGGUGUUAACAGUGACCUACAGGUUGCUGUUCUUUGACCUGAGCAACAAAGCUUUCAUUAAUCAAUACUUAAUCAUUCAAAGCAAUGUUUGCCACUGUGAAAGCGCCUCGAAAACAAAAAUCAAACACCCACAGGUUAUCAUCACCGUUGUGUGAUUAUAGCAUUUUAGCGAUUUGUAAGGAAACAGGACACAACAGCGUGAGCAUCUGAUGUGACAAAACACUUACCGGCACACAUUGUUUUCUCACCUAUUACAUUGUUCUCUUGCUGCUCCCGUUAAAACAGUGAUUGAUGUGCGUUUUGGUGCGGCUCCGGUGGCAGAUUUUCUAAUUGUCUCUGAAAAUGAGAGAAAUAGCUAAACAUCUAAGCUAAAAGCAAAACUAAACUGGAAAAACUUUCACUGUUUUGGAAAAUUAGUCUGACUUUCUCUAAAUUUCGUAUCAGAAUUCAGGGCUGUCCAUGCAUCUGUUAAUGGAUAACUCCUUGAGCUAAAUCUUCAUGUUAUUAAGGGGGUCCAAAGAACAGAACAGGUGUAGUCGUCUGAAAGGGAUAAGUUAUCUAAAGGAUCAAUCAAAUAGUGGCUGUAAUUUAUGGACAGUAGUAUUAAGAGUAAACUCUAGAUGUACACUAGACACACUAAAAUCCCAUCACAGAGUAGUAUCUGGCUGUGGGCUGGAUGAUGUUGGGUGAAACGUUGAAACUGUGGAGGCGGAAACUUCCAAUAAUGUAAGAAAUGAAAUGUUCAACCAGCAAAUAUUAGGAGGUCAAAGGUCACAGCCUCAGUGCUCUGGUAUUAUUACUGUUAAAAACACUAAGCAUGUAGGAGAGGAGUGAUAGAGUGGGAAAUCAAUAACUGCACCCUCCACAGGGGUUUAAUGGUGCUGUUUCUCAGUGUACAUGCCAGCAGAAUGGUUUCUUGUGCUCAAAGGUUAGUCGUUAAACUCUGACUCAGACCACGGGUUUCGAUGUGUGUGUUGGGCAUUGUCGGGAGAAUGUGAUGAUGAAUGGGACUCUGUGGCUAAAACUAUAAAUGGCAGCCUAAUUGGGAACAAGUCCAACACCAUUCACAUUGGCAUUAUAUAUUAUCUGGUCUGUAUGAUGACCAAGAAGGUGUAACUUUUGAGCUGUAUCUCCUGGCACCACUGUUGACUCCACUUGAGAUAUACCAGUUGACUUGUCACUGAAAAUGUCCUGGAAAGGUCCUCGAAAAUGAUCCCCAGAAAAGAGUGGGAACUCGGUCCAUUAGUCCUGUCUCCUUGUUCAUCUGUUUACACUGACGGUGCCUUAGCUGUAGGCUUAACUAGCAUCCCCCCUCUCUAUUCCAUCUUUGGUCCUUUCAUACAAAAACAGCCAAGUGGAACAAAGAUGGAAAAUCUCUGACCUGAACCUUCUGGUGAGGUUCACAUCUGAAAGUGGACUUGACCGCUUCUACUUGAGAAGUCCAGCCCUUGUUUUUGCAUAAUUUCUAAAAUGUUAUUGAUGUUAGAAAUGUUGUUGGGCUGGGCGAUAUGGCCUCAAAUCAAUAUCACGAUAUAAUGAGCAGUUCACUUCGAUAACGAUAAAUGGACGAUAACUACUUCACAAGCUGCUGACCCCCUCCCACAUUAACUUGCCGCUCUUGCCACUACAACUUUUAAACCGCCCUCCAUCUCCUCACCUGUUUUACUCUCUUUGUUACGGACUGGAUGGGGUGGAGUCAUGUCUCUGACGUAGUAUAGCAUCUUAAAGGAUCAUGAGACCAUAGCCUACCUACACACAUCCAAAACACACUUUUAUUUUUUCUAAUUUUUAUGACACUGAAUAUAUUGACAUGGGCAAAAUGACGUCGGUUAUUGUAGUAAAUUUCACUAUCUGUAAAUUUUCCAUUUAUCGCCCAGCCCUAAAAUGUUGUACUUUGUUUUGUGUGUGAUCUACUAACUGGGCUCUGUUCUGUGCUGUGUUGCAGUUUGACUAUGGGCCAGCUGUACGAUAAGGAGAAGGACGAGGACGGCUUUCUGUAUGUAGCCUACAGCGGGGAAAACACUUUUGGUUUCAAGGCCUUUUGUACAACAAAGGGUUAAUACCUCACAGAUGACUACACACGCACACACAAACACACACACAUGCACGCACACACACACAAACACAUACACUGACACAGCAGGACCCAUAAAAUACUGGUGCAUAAUGUCUCAGAUAUGGUCUUCAGGUGUGUUCCUACUAAUACGCUUACACACUUGGCUCUGUCAUUUCUGGUCAGUUUUUGAUACCAAACAGUCCACAUUCAAGGUGAAAAUCAACAACAUAAAAAUGCAACAAUAAACAAGCUUGUUUUAAUCAGCUGGUCAGGCUCAGAUGAUCAUGUUUGAUUAUAUCUUGAUUGCUGUUUCAAGUUAAGUUGGGGAGAGAGUAAUCUUAAACACUGCCGUUAACUAAAGAUAACAAUCACCACACACUCAAGCCACGUCAGACAUCGUUGAUUUUCAAGUAUUCAGUAAUAGCCUCUAAAAGAGACGCGAGCCAAUCGUCACUCUAUCAUGCUACAUGUUCCUUUAGUCCCGCUUGUUGUCACAGUUAUUGGUGUUCAGCUGAGGAGAGGAAGAAAUCCUAUAAUCAUGUAAAUAGAAUCAUUAACCAUGUUAUGGAUGUAUAUGUGUGUGUCAUCUUAUCAUGUAUAACAACUUGACUAUGUAACUUUAUUCCACAGGAUCACUUUAGUUGCUACGAUAGGCAAAGAAGUUGCUAUGAGUGUAUCAAAGAAGGAAGCUCAUGCUUUGCUGUGUGUUCACACUCAACAUCUUUCCUUCGACGUCUCGCUCAGGGUCAAAGUUCACAUGCUGUUGUCAAAAGGUGAAAAUCCCACAAACACUAGAAAUAUAGCAAAUCAUUAUUUUACCACUUUGCAACUGAAAAACAACAAAUGAAAAAAAUCAGUGUUUAGACCCGAUUCAAACAAGGUUGGCAUGAAUUUGGACGACCUGUUGUCUCACAGUAUCUAGAUUUUUCCCUUUCCUUUUUUCUACUGCUAAUCAAUAAGUCGAUUUAAUGAUGAAGGCGACCUGGAUCCCCACAUUUCGUACCUUUUCAACACAUCAACAUCUGAGCUUCCCAAUCUGAGCCUGACGUCCCAGGAAAGUGGAAGCUGUGUGUUUGUGGUGAACUGUGACAGUGAGUGAUGGUCGCUGUGCUGUCAGCUGAUGAGUAGGCAGAGGACAGAGGACAGGGUCAGUGGCCAGCACCAGUGCUUCCCAGCCUGGCUUUUAUUUGCACAUUUGGUUGGAUGUAGAUGUCGGCACCAUCCAGGACUCAAACUGCAGGUCAGGCACGUCAGUGAAACUCCAAAGACGCCAACUCUUUACUUGUGGUCGUUUGUGUUUCCCUUAACUUAUUCACCCAGAUGUUUUACUUCAGCUAGAAGAUCUCAUUUCAGUUCAAUUUCCUGCAUUUUCAGUCAUGUCUUUUUCAAACUCAAAUUCAAGCUCAAAACCUCCCUCCACAGUUUUCUCCACAGCUCAUGAGAGAAAAUAACAGCCCAAAACAAACUUCAACGAAAUAGAGUGAUGUUGGUCAGCCCAGGAAGAUAAACAGAAAAGUGGUUUCUCUCAAAGAAGUGUUAGACAUCCACUAGAUGUUGUAGUGCACAAGAACAGACACACAUACAGGUUAUAAAAUGUGUGUGACGAACGUUGAAUUUGAGAGGACAUCGUUAUGUUUUCUCCAAUUCUGGUUUUGGGAAUGUUAAAUACAAUUACACCUUUACCGACUGGGAUAUAGGACCAACUUCAUCUGGAAAAAGGGGCGUUAUGAAACUAUUCCAAAUUGGAAUUGGAACUUUUACAAAUUUUGAUAACCAAAGAAGAGUCAGAGGUUCUGAUUUUAAAUACUGAAGUGCAUCAGUCUGUGCCUGGUCUGUUUUAUCUUCUUGUACAUCAAGUAAAAGACUAAUUCUGCCUAUCAGGGCAUAUAAACCUUAGAUGUCAAACAUGAGUUGCGUUUUUAGAUUUAGAUGACACCUUAAAAACUGUAUCACUACAAAGCUUUGUUAUUAAGUUUAAUAGUUAUUAAGUUUGUAAUUCCUCAGGAGACUGUGGAAAUUUUAUAAAACUGCUAAUACACUGUGAGUAUUUUCAUCAGUGGGUUACCAGCAGGUACAUGUCAAAAACACCACAAAUGUUUUAUUUCCUUCUGUCAUAGUCGUUACAUUGAUACCAGAGAUACUCUCAUUGAAAAGAAGGAAGUUUGAUUGAGUAGGAAACAUUGGUUUUUAAAAAGUGCUUUCCCAUGAUUAUAAACAUAUUAAAUAUUCUGAUAAUGAGGCUCUGUGUUAGGGAGGAACAUGCGCACACACGCAGCCCUGCAAUGUAACGCCUCAAACACUUCAAGUUAAGAGUUGCUUGGUCUUUGGCCCUGCAGGUUUCUGAGUUGUUAGCACCACUUGUAAUCUUUUCACUCUGAUGAAUCUGAAGCUGACAUUUUGGCUGCAGCUGUAGCUUUUGGUGCUGAAUCAGAGGAAGACAUCUGGUGGAUUUCCACCCUUUACUUGAUCGAUCAAAGUAUUCAUGUCUGUGCACCGCAAAGCUGGAUCAGGCUUUUAAUAUGCUAUGUAGAUGUGUAAAAUACAGAUGGAAUGCUAUCAUAUUCAGUAUUGUUUUCUGUCAUCAGUGUUGUAUGAUUGAUAAACAUAUCUUAUAGCAAUUUUAGAUAUCUGAAAAGGAAAGGUAGCUGGAAGACCUGACCAAUAAAAAUGAGUUUAAAAUGAACUAAAA